AUGACCUCCUCUGGCACUGACACCCCCUCGCCGACAGCGACAGCGAGCACUCUCCGAACCGACACACCAACCCCGCCGAGCACACGCGCGACCUCGCCGCCCUGCACGCCCCCGGCAAAGCCCAGCGACCCCGAGUCCCCGCCCACAGUCUACAGCUACUCUCCGCCCCCGAGCCCCACCACCCUCCCCCGCACGACGCCCAAACGUGCGCCAAUCAUCAUCCCCGACUUGCUGGCCGACUGGCCGACGUUCACCUCGUACCCGCCCCUCGUGCGCGCGCACUGGUCCACCAGCGGGCUGCGUGUCCCCGUCAGCGCCGAGGCGCACGACGACGUCGUGAGCCUCGUGGCGGAGAUCAUGAGCAGUGAUCCGCCUCCGCCUCCUGCACUCAAGGCAGCCGCGCUCGAGUUUGGCCGGCAGGUCGCUGUCAGUCGUAUGGCGGACCGGGCGCUGCGGCGUGUCCACGUACACGCGCCCAGGGAUACCGGCAGGCUGCUGAUCCACGAGAUUAUCGAGGAGAAGAAGAAGAAGGAGGAGGAGGGGGAGAGGGAGGGGAUCAAGGAGGCCCAUAGCCUCGUGGUCGGAGGAGGCACCGGAUCCAGUUGA